AGGAGAAGGUGGAGAAGAAGGAGAUGGUAGAGGAGGCAGGCAGAAGACGAAGAAGUGAAGAGAAGAGUGUAAAGAAGCGAAGAAGAGAUAAGAAGACAUCGAGUAAGCGUGGAAGGGCAAAAGAGGAGUGAGUGAGUGAGUGAGUGAGAGAGAGGGGGAGAGAGAGAGAGAGAGAGAGAGAGAGAAAGAGAGAGACAAAUAGACAGACAGAAUGGUGGUGGGAGUUGCGUCGGGAUUGACCGAAAGCGGGGUGGUGCGGGCCACGUGCUUCGGUGCCUUUACAAUCGUAUAUAGGCACCGGUCGAGCGAGCGGCUAGUACCAUACACUUACAGUCAUACACUCGGGGCGCACAAGGUGAAAGAGAAAGAAAGAAAGAGAGAAAGAAAGAGAAAGGGAAAAAGAUAGAUAGAGAAAGAGAGAGAGAGAGAGAGAGAGAGAGAGAGAGAAAGAAAGAGAGAGAAAGAAAAAGAGAAAGAAACACGUGUAGGAGAAAGAGAGAGAAGGAACUCAGCACGGAUAUACACAACGAGGAGCGAAGAACGAAGCACAGCGGCAACGCACAGAGAAGAGGACAGACAGAAGUCCACCUUCCACUUCCAUUCCCUUACGUAGGUUCACUCCUACUAUACGACGGAAGAACAGGCUGCCUGCCCCUGGGUCGGCUGCCUGUCUGUGCCAGUCCGUCGUCCGGCGAGACUGCCUUCUCCUACUCUUUCUAUCUCUUUCUCUCUCUGUCCUUCCAGCGUGUUAUACCUACCUACCUACCUACACACACCUUCCUUCUUCCUUCCUUUUCGCUCUUCGUCUCUGUCUCUCUCCGGCGUGUGCUUUAACUCGGACACACAGGAGGCGGCGAGAGGUGAUACGCUCGACACGCUCGACCGGACGAGAGAACGACGAAGACCUCAGUCACCUCCUGACACUCGGUAGGGUACGACCUUUCCCCCGGUGACCGACCGAGAGUAGGAGAGGGAGGAAGAGAACGAACGAACGAACGAAAGAAAGAAAAGAAAGAGGAGGAUCGAGAGAGGAGUGAAAGGAGGACCACCCUUAACGAUGUACCCUUCCGAUUCUUCUUCUUCUUCUUCUUCUUCUUCUUCUUCCUCUUCUUCUGCUUCUUCUUCUUCUUCUUCUUCUUCUUCUUGAGAGUACCCCCGCCACUUUGUCCAGUGCCCACCCCCUCCCUCGCGAAGAGACCCACACACCCUCCCCCCUCGUAUAAGAAUCAGUGCAUCGCGUGUGCCAGGAGCAGUACCGAUCGGAUUGUGAUUCCAUGAGCACGCUUUCUUCUUCUUCUUCCUACUUCGUUCUUCUACUUCGACAUAGCUGAGGAAAGGAGUGCGUGACAGAAGCAUACAUCGAAAAGUGUACAAAUACAUAUCGGUGAUCGGUGUUCAUCCGAAAACGACAGAUCAUCUAUGAGGAAGCUCUUCGAAGAAAAAGAAAAAGAUUGAUAUCGAAGAGACAUUAACAACCGCAAGAGAGUCAUCCAUAUCCUCUCCCUCUCUUUCUACACAUAUAUAUAUAUAUAUAUAUAUAUAUACAUAUAGGUAUAUAUAUAUAUAUAUCUGUCUCUGUCUAACGCGUACGGAUCUCGCGACACGCGCGUGUGUGCCCUCGAGCAACGAGAGUGUUAUUAAAGUGUGAUGCGAUCAUGAUCGUGGAGGAUACAGUGAUCAGCAUCGAGAGAGAACCGAGAGAGAUGACGAUGGAAGCUAUUCUUCUUCGCGAUCAGAGGACUACGUCCCAUAGGGUGUUGAAUCGUGAGGAUCAAAGUGUUGCCAUGACUACGACAAUGACAACGACAAUGACGAAAAUGAAAACUACGAAGGAAUUUAUAAAAGAGGGAAACGAUCGACAGAUAUCGCGUCUACUCGAUCAUCCUUCUUCGUCAUCUCGAAUUUGCCGCUCUACUUGUUGCGCUCGCGCCUGCUACCGGAAUUGUUGUCAUUGUUCCUCGUGCGGGAACGACGACGUUUCCGCGCAGAGACACUUCCGACGUGAUUCCGAUGUGUGCCGAGCGCGCGCCUCUUCUUCUUGCGACGACGAUCGGGGGGUACGAUCGAGACGAUGUUUGUUAUCCAUCACUACGACCACGUGGCUCAGGUUAAGCAGUCUUGUAGUCACCUUGCUCGUGGCCUCGGUAAACGGAGCUCCGACAAUGACUGUCAAUGCCAGACGGCUGAGUUCGCCACCAAAGUGGGUAAAUCCCUGUGGUCUUGCCGCCGAAGACUUCGAUAGUGAUCCCGACGUCGAACAAUUGCGAGACGUGCAACUAUUAACGCAGGUUGUGGUACAGGCGAAAACAGCACUGAUGCACGCUCAACUCUUUCGGGACGAUUACUCCCGAAAAAAAGAGAAGGCCCCGACGGAAGAUCAAACUCAUCGAUGCCUCGAUAAUUACCGGCGUGACUUCUGCUUGAGGGGAUCGAGCAUGAGCGCGGAGAGGAGAGGGAAGCUCGAGCGGAAGGCAGUUAUGGCAGUACUUCCGGCGGUACGGACGACGUCGAUCGUCGUUUCUACGUGUCGCUGGCAAAGAGACACACUCGAAAGAGAUCUCGGCUUUUACUUAAUGGUUCGCCGUUCUUGCGAUCUUACCGAUUUUCUCUCCUUUCUUUCAUCUCUACCCGAUAUACACUUUGGACAGAUCUGAUUGAGAUUAAACAAUGAUCGGAUUUAUACUCGACUAUUUCUUCGAUUCUAAUUUUGUUUUUAUCGUUAGUUUCAAAGAAACUUAUAUCAUUA